UUUUCAAAUCUAGGCAAAAAAAAAAUUUGUGUCACGUUCUGAUUAGUAGUUUAGUUUUUCAUAAUUUUUCACGAAUAACAACCGAAAAUACGAUAAACAUGUGCGAUUCGGAAAACGACGAAUUCGAGAGUGCUGAUGAAGAGUUCGAUGAAGGUAAAAAUCGCCAGACACCAGAUAAUUCCAAGAAAGACACUGCUCUCAAAUCUGUACCACCGUCUGACGUGGAGAAAAUUGUAUCGGAAUCGUCUGACGAAAUUGUUCAAAACACAGACCUUCCUAAAACGGGAGGUAUUCGUAAGAUAAUUCGUCCAGAUAAGGACCAUAUGAAGAAAGCAACACUGGCUGUUUCUCAGAAGAAGGAACCGGAAAAACCAAUACCUCGGGUAGAGCCUGAAGUUGCAAGUGGAGAUGGAUGGGAUGAUUUCGAAGACGAUUGGGGCACAUUUGCAAAAUCAGAUGACACUGAAAUCGAAAAAUCCGUCGGAAACAAAACAUGCUUCAAAGAUGUCGACAUAGAUGAUGUGGAAUGCAAGCUGAAAGACUUCAUGGUGCGUCAGAAGGAUCCAGGGGAUGUCAGUUCGAUGUUGGAUCGAUUGGCGAACAAAAACAAACCAGCCGCGGAAAGCCAAUCAUGGGGGGGUUGGAAACCCAGUUGGGGAGGAGCAGCUGUUUCUUUUCUUUCAUCGGCUUCCAAAAGCGUCGCUUCGAUUACAACCAAUAUUACACAGGUUAUUGAGUCUGGAAUAGGUGUUCCAACUCCGGAAGAAAUGGCAAAACGGCAGGCUGAGCAAGAGGCCAAACUAAAGGCCGAUGGAUACAUACCUGAGAAUCAAACAACUCCUUCAGAAUCCACCGAUCGCUUCGGAUUUGAUCAGAUCGUCUCCGGAGUGACACAAAUCAGCAGUAAAGUAAUAACGGGUGGCUUAGAUACUCUGGAAGGCAUUGGCAAAAAAACUAUGACAAUUCUGCAAGAAAAUGACCCUGGUAUUUUGAGUAAGGGCAAAUUAUUAGGAGGAAAAGACGGUGUCGUUUUAAGUCAAGUUUUGCGAGAAGCUAAAGAGAAAACUGAAGAGCGAGAACGUAAUUUGAAGCAGGUUCAAAAACACCUUUACAGAAAAAAGUUACAUUUUGAAACCCUAUUUGACGAUUACCAUGGUCUCGUUCAUUUGGAAGCCUUGGAAAUGCUUUCGAAGCAAGCUGCUCUCAAACUCGAAUCUCUGAUGGCACCUCUCACCGGAAUAGCUUUAGAGGAGCUUCAAGAAACUAUGAAUGAAGUCAAAGAGCUUUGUGAACUACCAGAGUCGGAAAAUGAUGAUACCGAUGGAACUCACGCAAUUGAUGAAUUAGAGACGAAAUUAAAGGAAGCUGUGACAGAUUUGGACAACGUCAAAAUCGACUUUCAGGAUUUGUUGAAAUGUUGGCAAGAAAACGUUGAGUGGUUGACGGAGGAACCCAGAAAGCCUCAAAAUUCUCAACAAAUUUUUGAAAAAGCCAUGCAUGCUUUGGCACAAACUACAGCCCUCUGUGUCUUGAGAAUGCACAAGCUUGCUGAAAUCCUACUCAUAUUGGACCAUCACAGCACGGCGAAUGAAGCAGAUGCGCUCGUUCAAUUAACAACUGUAUUCUGUUGGCAUUUGAGUGGAGUGGCCGCUAGGUUCUCCGGACAGCUGAGCAAAUCGAAUCAAAAUGAUCACAAUCGACGUUCAGGGGGAGAAGACAGUGACAACGCUCUUAUUACGAACAUAUUCCUUGAAGGUUCCAACAGUAUCUCGUACGUUCAGAAUGCUUUCCAAUUAUUUAUCCCAAUUUUGCAAAUUGGAGCAGCGUAGAUUAUUCAGUAGCAUCAUAAAGUCUAACUUUGGUGUAUUGGGGUUUCUUCUUCAGUAAAAAAUAUAAGAUUAUGGUUGUUUCCAACGUGUGAAGUGUAAUAUGCUAAAAAAUGUUGUUAUAAUACAAAAACAAAAUAUUGAAGUGCUAGUUCAACUAAAAUGAAUUCCUGCUUCAUUAAAGGCGUGUAAAACGGACAUAAAAUCAUCAGUAUCCAUUGUCCGUGCACGUUUAACACCGGCAUCAAUUUUUUCCAAUAUUUGCUCCACUUUUUCCUUGAAAUUGAGAUCCUCCGGUACAUCCUGGUUCUUCAAAGAACAAUGUACUUUGUAAUUUUGUUCCAGUGCCGUUAAAACCGUCGUCUGUUUGAACGCAGCUGCCAAUGUUUUAUUUUUUCGUAAAAACGCUAUCCGCGUAAGUCCAUCCCAUUCGGUAUAGUUUAUCGGCGGAGGAGGAUUCCGUGGUUCAAUUCUUACAACGCUGGAUUCUACCUUAGGCGGUGGUCUGAAAUUGUUCUUCCCCACCUUCAUCAGCAUAUCAACACGGGCCAGCAGCUGUGUAUUGACGCUCAGUCGGCAGUAAAGUUUGUCGCCUGGUUUAGCUACCAAACGUUGGGCAAACUCUAACUGGAACAUGAGAACAGCGCAACGGAAAAACGGUCUGUGCAGCAGCAAUUUGAAUACGAACGGCGAACUGAUCUGGUACGGCAUAUUGGCGACACAGCAAUCGAAAAAUGGAAGAUCAGCCUUUAGAACGUCUCCUAUCAGAAUUUGCAGUUUGCAUUGCAUCGGAGUGCCCUGAACGCGCUUCUGCAACUCAGCCACCAGACGAGGAUCAAUUUCACAGGCUAUAACUUUUUUGACGCGCUCCAAUAUUUUCACCGUCAUGUUACCUGUACCUGGACCAAUUUCGAGAACCACAUCCGUAGGUCGCAAGGCUGCUUUUUCCAACAUUGAAGUAACGAUGAGAG